AGGCCCCUCAAAGGAAGGGAACGUACAGUUCCACAGGGAUUUUCUUCUACUGCCAACAUCAGCGAGGACCCCGGCCAAAGUCUGUUAAGGAAACCUCAAAUUUCCUCAUCUGGGAAAUGGGGAGAAUAAUCUUGCCUGAAGCCCUUGUUUGGGUCUCAAGAGGCACUCGAUAUUUGGGGCUUUUUAUUUUGGGGGUGCUGGCACCCCUGCUGCCUUUUGAAAGAAAGAAAAAUAACCAUCUAUUCUUCUGCACUGUGGUGGAUGGGUUGGAAAGUGUGAAACUGGGAACUACCUACUUCCUCCCAUACCUCUGAAGCUUGAGUGGGGGAAAUCCCUUGGUCCACCUUAAAUGCAUGCAGCUGUGUAGCUGGCGCCCCUCCCGCUCCACAGCUGGAAGUCCCUGCCUGAGGGCGCCCUGGAAAGUGGCCAAUUCUAGCUGUUGCUGAUCCUCUAUUACUCACAGCUUAUGCUUCAUCCUUUCCCCAGGUGCCUACUGCCCAGACAAUGAUCGAGGCCAUGUGUUCGGUGCUGAGGGGCAGGGAUGACUGAUGAAGAUUCUAUUCAUAGAAUUUUCAGUCUGAUUCAUCAUCUAUCCAUCCACCCACCUAACUUCUACCACCUCUCCCAGAGCCAUAUUGCAGGCCUUUCCCUCAUCCCAGAGCAGCAGCCCUGCCUUGUCACUCACUGCAAACCCACCAUGUCCCUGGGGCCACCGAAAUUCCAGGCAGUGGAUGAGGAGGAUGAGGAAGAGGAGGUGGAGAGCCUGGACUCUGUGAAGGCACUGACAGCCAAGCUGCAGCUACAGACUCGGCGACCCUCAUAUCUGGAGUGGACCGCUAGGGUCCAGAGCCAGGCCUGGCACAGGGCCCAAGCCAAACCUGGGGCCGGUGGACCUGGAGCCAUCUGCGGCUUUGACUCAAUGGACUCUGCGCUUGAGUGGCUCCGGCAGGAGCUGCGGGAAAUGCAGGCUCAGGACCGCCAGCUGGCAGGGCAGCUGUUGAGGCUGCGGGCCCAGCUGCACCGGCUGAAGGUGGACCAAGCUUGUCACCAGCACCAGGAACUGCUGGACGAGGCCGAGCUGGAGCUGGAGCUGGAGCCCGGGGCCGGCCUGGCCCUAGCCCCGUCGCUAAGGCACUUGGGCCUCACGCGUAUGAACAUCAGCACCCGGCGCUUCACCCUCUGCUGAGGGCGACCUGGGAAGACAGAUGGGAGGGGUAUCCCAGAGGGCCAGCACCUGGUGUGGUGGGGGCACAUUCAGGUCUCUUAGACCCCACCCCAAUCUCCUCAAUAAAGCCCUCUGCCUCCCAUCAAGGUCUCUGCAG